GGCCUAUUUUCCUAACAUGAAAUAGGCCUCUCCCCCUUCGUACAUAUUAUCCUGCGUGUAGCCGUAUACCAACGCAAAACGUCAUCAUGGCUAGCGCAAACAGUAUCAAGGUCGUUGCCCGUUUUCGUCCGCAGAAUAAGGUCGAGUUGGCAUCGGGCGGAGAGCCUAUCGUCACUUUUGAUGGCCUCGAUACCUGUACCUUGAAUUCGGCAGAGGCCGCAGGUUCUUUUACGUUUGAUCGCGUAUUUGGUAUGCAAGGUAAACAGGUCGAUAUUUUCGAUUACUCCAUUAAGCCUACCGUCGACGACAUACUCAACGGUUACAAUGGAACGGUGUUCGCAUACGGUCAGACGGGUGCCGGAAAGUCGUACACGAUGAUGGGAACGAGUAUAGAAGAUGACGAAGGCAAGGGUAUUACCCCCCGUAUCGUCGAACAGAUCUUCAGUAGUAUCAUGUCUAGUCCACCGACCAUCGAGUAUACUGUCCGAGUAAGCUACAUGGAAAUUUACAUGGAGCGUAUCCGCGAUCUUCUGGCCCCGCAGAACGACAACCUACCGGUCCACGAGGAGAAGAACCGUGGUGUGUACGUCAAGGGACUCCUCGAGAUCUACGUCUCUAGCGUAGAGGAGGUCUUCGAGGUUAUGAAGAGGGGUGGAAACGCAAGGGCUGUUGCUGCCACCAACAUGAACCAAGAAUCAUCACGCUCGCAUUCCAUUUUCGUUGUCACCAUCUCUCAGAAGAACCUCGAGACUGGUUCAAUGAAGAGCGGUCAGCUAUUCUUAGUUGAUCUGGCUGGUAGUGAGAAGGUGGGAAAGACCGGCGCCAGCGGACAAACCUUGGAGGAGGCGAAGAAGAUCAACAAGAGUUUGAGUGCUCUGGGCAUGGUCAUCAACGCACUUACUGACGGGAAAUCUUCACAUGUUCCCUACCGAGACUCGAAAUUAACGAGAAUUUUACAAGAAUCGCUCGGUGGAAACAGCCGAACUACGCUCAUCAUAAAUUGUUCGCCGAGUAGUUACAACGAUGCCGAGACCUUGAGCACCCUUCGAUUCGGUAUGCGAGCCAAAUCGAUUAAGAACAAGGCCAAGGUCAAUGCCGAACUCAGCCCCGCAGAGCUCAAGCUUAUGCUUGUUAAAGCUAAAUCUAACAUCACAACCUUUGAGACAUAUAUUUCGAAUCUGGAAGGAGAGCUUCAGUUGUGGAGAGGUGGAGAGACUGUUCCUAAGGCACAAUGGGUCACGUCAAUGGCGGCCGAUGGUGUUGCCAGUACGAGAGCAGACGCGAGGCCCCAUCGACCUUCUACUCCAUCGCGGUUAAUUCCCGAAAGCCGUGCCGAAACGCCUGCGUUAACAGAGCGCGCGGGGACCCCAAGUCUUCCUCUGGAUAAGGACGAGAGAGAAGAGUUCCUUCGAAGGGAGAAUGAGCUCCAGGAUCAGUUGGCGGAGAAGGAAUCUGCUGUCGCUGCGGCUGAAAAGUCUCUCCAGGAAUCCAAGGAAGAGCUGACGUUCUUAAAGGACCACGAUAGUAAGCUAGGCAAGGAAAACGAGAAAUUGACAACCGAGGUCAACGAAGCAAAAAUGCAACUGGAACGCCUAACCUUCGAAAGUAAAGAAGCUCAGAUCACGAUGGAUGCUCUGAAGGAGGCGAACUCCGAGCUUACAACAGAGCUCGACGAUGUCAAACAGCAACUUCUGGAUAUCAAGAUGAGCGCGAAAGAGACGAGCGCCGUCUUAGAUGAUAAGGAGAAGAAAAAGGCGGAGAAGAUGGCUAAGAUGAUGGCCGGGUUUGACCUGGGUGGAGAGGUGUUCAGCGCCAAUGAGCAGUCGAUUGCAAAUGCCAUCCAACAAGUUGACGCACUCUUCGAGCAAAGCUCUUCAGGAGAUCCUAUCCCGCCGGAUGACUUGCAGGAACUCAAGGCAAAGCUGGUAGAGACCCAAGGUAUCGUACGACAAGCAGAGCUGUCCCUUCACAGCGGUGUACCAGGUCUAGCCAAUGGCAAGACUAUGCAACAACAAAUUGCCGAGUUUGAUGUCAUGAAGAAGAGUUUGAUGCGCGACCUACAAAACAGGUGCGAGAGGGUUGUCGAACUAGAGAUCUCCUUGGACGAGACGCGAGAACAGUACAACAACGUGCUGCGGUCAUCUAACAACCGUGCCCAGCAAAAGAAGAUGGCGUUCCUCGAACGGAACCUGGAGCAGCUCACUCAGGUCCAACGCCAGCUCGUUGAACAAAAUAGCAGCCUCAAGAAAGAGGUUGCCAUUGCAGAGAGGAAGCUCAUCGCAAGGAAUGAGCGCAUCUCUAGUCUGGAGAGCUUGUUGCAAGAUAGUCAAGAGAAGCUUACCGCAGCGAACCACAGAUUCGAGUCUCAGCUUACCGCCGUCAAGGAGCGUCUUGAGGCGGCCAAGGCCGGAUCGACGCGCGGUUUGAACUCGUCCGGUGCUGGUGGGUUCUUGGGUAGCCGUAUCGCGAAACCACUUCGUGGUGGUGGUGGCGACUCCCCCGCCCAAGUCCCGACCGUUGCAAAUCUGCAGAAUGAAGGUAAUGCUGGUAAGAGAAGCAGCUGGUUCUUCCAGAAAUAAGCACAUCGAGUAAAUGACACAGCAAACGGAAAUCGUCGUUACCGAGCAGCCGGGCGAAUCCAGAAUGUUUAGUAGGGAUUUCAAUUAUGCUCUAGAGGACAUGUGAGACGUUUCGAUUUCAUCCCA